CAAAAAAAAUCUGAAUGCAAGUCCUUUACCAAAUAUAUGAUUUUUCAAACAUUUUCUCCCAGUCAGGGCCUUAUCUUUUUCUUUUUUCAACCAAGUAUUUGGAAGAGCCAAAAAUUUUAACUUUGAAGAAGUUGUCAAUUUCUUUUACUUAUGGACUGUGGUUUGAGUGUCUCAUUUAUGAACUCCUUACCUAACCCUUGUCAGCAGCAUCACAAGGGUUUUCUCCAGUAUAUUUUUUCUCAAAGUUGUAUAUUUUUAAGUCUUAUGGUCAGAUUUGUCAUCUAUAUUGAGUUGACAUUUAUAUGUGAAUGUAGAUAUCCACGUGUCCCAGCACAGUUUGUUGAAAAGAUUAUCCUUUCUGGAUGCCAUGCCUUUGUGCCUUUGUUAAAAAAAAAAAAUCAAUUGUCAGUAUUACUAUAUGUUCAUUUCUCAAUACUUUAUUCUUUUCUUUUGAUUGACUUCUUUUUACCUUGAUGCCAACAUUUCUUUUAGCAUUAAUGCAGAUUUAAUAAGGAGUGUUGAAAUAAGAUUGUUUGCCCUCUUACAUUUUUAUUUUUCAAAGUUAAUUCAUAGUCUACAUUCUUUGCAUUUCCAUGUGAAUUUAGACUUGACCGGUCAACUUCUUUUAAAGAAAAUGUCUUUUUUUUUUAUUUGAAGAGAAUAGACAUCCUAAAAACAAUGAGUCAUCCAGUUCAUGAAUAUGUCAUUCUGUUUAUUUAGAUUUGUAAUCUCUCAGUAAUAUUUAGAAAUAUUCAGUGUAUAAGUAUUAUACAUCAGUGGGAAGAUAUUCCCAAUUAUUUCAUACUAACUGAUGCUAUUAUAUAUAGUGUUUUAAAAUAUAAUUUUAUGUAUUUUAUUUUCACUGAGAUGUCAGCAGCAAAAUUUUUGACAGUAGAUGUUAAGAAAUCUAUGAUGUUAAAAUUUCAGGAUACUUACUCUGAAGUUGCUUGUGUCACAUUUUGAUGUGAUUGGCAAUGUAUUGAAACUUGGGAGAAAAAUAUCCUAGAGCUAAUUCAACAGAUAACUUCCAAAAGAAACCAUUCCUAAAAGUAGUCGCUUUUAAUUAUAUAUGUGUGGCCAAAACUGAAUGUGUUCAAUUGUGUGGUUUCUCUUCUUUAUCUUCCAGCAGUCUACCUCCACAAAUUCCUGGGAUUUGGGGUGAUGGUGGUGGUAGGAGAUAACAUGUAUGUAUGUGGGUUUGUAUGCAUACAUGAAUAUGUAUAUGGAUGACGAUUUUGGGAGUACUUAUUGUGAGGGGACCUGCAUGAAGUUAAUUACUGUGCAAUUGGUUCCUAGAACAUAUUAUAAACAAAAUCAGGGUGGUGUUUUUUUUCCACCUUUCCUAACUAGCAUGGUGACUCAAUGACUGCUAUAGAUUCGGUACAAACUAAGCAUCUAUUUAUGAUUCUUACCUUAAUCAUUUAUUACAGUGAAAAGAAUACUGUUAUACUUUGUAUAAUAAUUACCUGGAACUUUUAUAUAAAGCUUUUACUUUCCCCUUGUUUAUUUAAAAAUGUGAUUAUUAAUGUGUUUGUCAGUAUGACUCAGAGAUUCACAUUUUUCUCAAAGAGUUACUCAUAUUCUCUGUUUAUAAUAUUAUGCUAAAAUUGUUAUAGAAUUGGCCAGUGGAAACACCUUCAAGUUGGCCUCAGUAUCCAUUUGAUAACUCCCUAGAAUUCCUUGAGAAGGUACUUUGAUCUCUGAGCCUAACCAUCUCCAGAUCUGUAGAAAGGAAGUCAUGAUGUUUAUCUCAAAGCAUUGUUUUGAAGACUAGAAAAUAAAAAAGUGUGAAAAUAAUAGCCUAUGGAGUGUGGCAUCUAAUAAGCCUUCACCAGAAUGUUAGUUCCCUAUUCUAACUUUACUUCCUUCAUUCUGUCAGUGAGAUACCUCUCACAUUAACAUAAUACAAUGACUACAGAGAGAAUACCUGUAAAUAUAGCUGCAAGCAAUAAGAAACCCAUAUAUCCAUUAUGAGUGAGCUACAGUGUCACUGCUGUGUGUAAGACGGUUGUGGGAUAAAAAAACAGAGUAAAGAUAGGCAAGACAUCAUUCCUCUAUCCCUUGCAUUUUGUGUUUUUUCUCAUCAUCUUACUUUCCUCUAUUCCAUAUACUUUUUAUCCCUAGUUUAACAUCAGAGAAGCAUGUGUACACAUCCUAGAAAGAGGAGUGCCAUUAACAAUUCUCUAUUGCUUUUCAUUUCAUGUUUAUUGUAGUCUCUGCAGACAGCCAAAUAAGCUGAAUUUCAUAAAAUGUUAUAAAAUGGUGAUGUUCUAAUUCUGAUUUAUUCUACAUUCAUCAGCUGGAAAUCUGUAAAAGAAACUUCCCCUCAUCAACUACCAGGAUAUACUAAGGUCCUUACCACCAACUCAGAGAGAGGGUCUUAUGUGAAUCAAAACUCCACGUCCCAUCAGGAGAUUCAAUAGGAGGAACCUCCCUCCCAGGGAAAGACAGGGUAUCUCUCAUGCUGUACCACUUGGGAUUUGGGGAGGGGUGAUGCAGAUGCCACUUGGAAUGAACAGGGAAAGACUGAACUUUUUACAGAUAACUUUUGUCGAGUAUGUGGAGUGAUGCUACAGUUCGAAUCACAAAGGAUUUCACAUUAUGAGGUGCAUAGGAGUGGAGUAGUGGACAGAAACAAAUUUUGUGAUCUCUGCAACAUGAUUUUUAGCUCUCCAAUUGUUGCUCAAUCUCAUUAUGUGGGGAAGGUCCAUGCUAAAAAACUGAAGCAACUAACAGAGGAACAUUAUCAUGUAUCUCCAUCAGGAUUUCAACCAGAGAUGGCAGGUGUGCCUGUUCGUACUUACACAGAGUCAACCUUCCUGAAGCCUUUUGCUGCCAAGCCUCCUCCAGCAUUUAAUAUGAGAACCUACAUUUGCCAUAUUUGUAGUAUAACCUUUACAUCUUUAGAUAUGUUCCGGUCCCACAUGCAAGGGAGUGAACAUCAAAUUAAAGAAUCCCUUGUUAUCAAUCUAGUAAAGAAUUCAAAUACACAAGAUUCUUACCAAGUUGAAUGUGCAGAUUAUAUCAAAAUUCAGAAAACGAGAGAACUAGAGUAUAGGACUUGUUUCAGAAAGAUGGAAGAGAAUUACUUGGAAAGCCUUGGGUACAGAGAAAUGGUUGAUUCCAGAUCCAGACCUAAAAUGUAUGAAGAAAGACUUCCAUUUGAGACUUUCCAGACAUACCCAGGAUCAUACAAUAAUUCACAAACAGUGGAAAACCAGUUACCGCAUUGCUUACCAGCUCAUUCAAAGAAGACACAUGACUCUUUCAAAGAUGAACUUGAAGAUUACAUCAAAGUGCAAAAAGCUAGAGGACUAGAUCCAAACACUUGUUUUAGAAAGAUGAGAGAAAACUCUGUGAACCGAGGGUAUAGAGAAAUGGUUGAUUCUGGACCCAGACAAAGAAUAUGUGAGCAAAGAUUUUCUUUUGAGACUUCCCAUACCUACCACCAAUCAUACAGUAGUUCACCGGUGGAAGGCCAGUUACCUCAUUGGUUACCAGCUCAUUCAAAGAGAACAUAUGACUCUUUCCAAGAUGAACUUGAUGAUUACAUCAAAGUGCAGAAAGCCAGAGGAUUAGAGCCAAAGACUUGUUUCAGAAAGAUAGUUGAUAGCUCUGUGGAAACUCAUAGGCACAGAGAAAUGGUUGAUAGCAGAACAAGAUACAGAAUGUUUGAGCAAAGACUCCCAUUUGAGACUUUCCAGACCUAUACAGGACCAUACAAUAGUUCACAAACAGUAGAAAACCAGUUACCUCAUUGCUUACCAGCUUAUGACAGCAAACAGAGACUAGACUCUGUAAAGUACUGUCAACUUCCCAGAGACUAUUUCUCAGAAAAACCAGUACCUCUGAGCCUUAGUCAGCAAGAAAAUAACUCUGGCCCAUACAGUGCAGAAUGUGAAAUUUAUAAGCACUUUUCCUCAGAAAACAACACCAGCGACGAUCAAGCAGCUCAUAAACGGCGACACCAGAAGAAAAGACGACACCUUGAGGAAGGUGAAGAAAGGCAAGAGAAGGAGCAGUCCAAGCAUAAAAAGAAAAAGAGUUAUGAGGAUAUGGAUUUAGGCAAAGACAAGAGCAUCCAACAAAGUAAACGAGAAGAGGAUAAAGUCAGAGUCAGUUCAGGAAAACUUAAGCAUCGAAAAAAGAAAAAAAGCCGUGAUAUAUCCUCUGAAAAAGAAGAACGUAAGCACAGGAAAGAGAAAAGAAAAUCUGUUGAAGAAAGGACAGAAGAGGAAAUGCUUUGGGAUGAGUCAAUUCUUGGAUUUUAAACUUUUAGUUUACCAAAGGAUGAUUUGAA